UUAUGGAGACCAAGGUCUGUUAUAAACCUAGAGUAAUGAAGACUGAGGAAUUAGGGUAUUAGUGUAGACAAAGAAACCACUGGAACUGUAUAGAAAGCCCAUACAUGAUAUAUGCACACGUGCAAACUUGGUUUACGGCAGCACGCAUGUUGCAGAUCAGUGGAAAGAGGAGGAACUGUCCCAUUAGCAAUGCAGUUGCAGGAUUAUACACGUGGAGGAAGAAAAAUGAAACCAGAUUGUGACAUACAAAGAAAAUCAGUUCCAGGUAGAUUAAAUAUUUGAAUCUUUAAAUCAUGAAACCAACUUUUAAAAGGAAAGCAAAACUAUGGAAUUUUCAAUGAACCAAAAAAUAAAAAAGAAGGAAAGAAAAGAGAGUGAGCAAGAGAGAGCCUCUCUGGGAGCUGAAGGAAGAAACUGACAACAAAGGUGAUGUUGCUGAAUGCUCUCUAGCUGUAUGUGUGGAUGCACGUGUAUCAGACUGUAUCACACACAUCAUGAUGGAAACUGUUGAUGAAGAUGAGGCUGCAAAUUUAAGACCUGAGGCAAAACCGGGAAAUGGAGGUGGGAGCGAAACCAACACCUGGCUCAGAGCAGUAGCCUUGCCGCCGCCGCCACUGCCGCUGCUGCCGAGGGUUUCUCUGGCCAGUGUUGCUCCCACCCGCCUACAGCAUGGGAAAUAUCUUCGCAAACCUCUUCAAGGGCCUUUUUGGCAAAAAAGAAAUGUGCCUUCUCAUGGUGGGCCUGGAUGCUGCAGGGAAGACCACCAUCCUGUACAAACUGAAGCUGGGUGAGAUCGUGACCACCAUUCCCACCAUAGGCUUCAACAUGGAGACGGUGGAGGACAAGAACAUCAGCUUCACUGUGUGGGACGUGGGUGGCCAGGACAAGAUCCGACCUCUGUGGCAUCACUACUUCCAGAACACACAAGGUCUCAUCUUUGUGGGGGACAGCAACGACAGAGAGCGUGUGAACGAGGCCCGUGAGGAGCUCAUGAGGAUGCUGGCGGAAGAUGAGCUUAGGGAUGCCAUCCUGCUGGUGUUCGCCAACGAGCGGGACCUCCCCAACGGCAUGAACGCGGCUGAGAUCACAGACAAGCUGGGGCCGCAGUCCCUGCGCCACAGGAACUGGUACAUUCAGGCCAUCUGUGCCACCAGUGGGGAUGGGCUGUAUGAGGGACUGGACUGGCUGUCCAAUCAGCUCCGGAACCAGAAGUGAGCCACGCCCCCGCCCCUCCUUCCACCCUGUUUUACUCUCAUGUGGUGGGAGUGCCAGAAGCUGUCUCCAUGGUUGGUCACAGUGUGCUUCACCAUGCUGUAAAUGUGCAGACGCAGCCUGCAGCCGGGUUUUUAUUUAAUGUAAAUAGUUUCUGUUCCCAACGAGGCAGUUUCUGGUACUCCUAUGCAAUAUUACUCAGCUUUUUUUUAUUGUAAAAAGAGAAUCAACCCACUGUUCAAUACUGAAAAGGGAUGUUAGGCACGCGGGGCCUCCAGGAGUCACUGUGUCCAACCAGCCUGCCAAGCCUCCUCUGGGCAUUAGGUCUGUGUUGAGAUCCAUUUUGGUGGUUGGUUUUUAACCUGAACUCAGUGCAUUUUUAAAAUCGUUACAAAUACAAGAUGAGAACACUUGAACACACAGACGGGAGAAGCGUGCCUAGUGUCGGUUCUGCAGUGGCGGGCAGGGUGUAGUCCACCAGUGAUCCGU